GUUCUGCCUGACGUGAACUUUAAACAAAUUGCAAUCAAACUUCCGCUGAUGAAGACGCUCUUACGCCGAAUUAUCAUUCCUUACACCAAAUCCUCUUCAUCAAUCAAUACUAACCUUCCUCGCUUUCAGAAUUGCAUUAAUACGGCGGCAGAAUCACCACACACGGCGGCGGCGCUGGAAGAGGAAGAGAAGACAGCGGAAACAAUCACCUGCGUCUGCAAAUCCUUUUCAAAUAACCUCAACUGGGAAACCCUUAAUCGGAAGCUUAAGUUCAUCGACGUCAGAAACUCAGCUAUCAUCAACAAAGUAUUGAUUCAACUCCAAGAACCACCAAAUGCCAAAAAGGCUCUGUCUUUCUUCCACUGGUCAUCCCAUUUCGGCAACAUCACACACCAAACACGAACGUACGCUCUUGUAAUACACAUUUUGGUUAAUGCGAAGCUAAUCAAAGAUGCCAGCGCGUUAAUUGAAUCAGUUCUUAUCCGAUCUGUUACAGGUAAUUUGAAAGAUCCUGACUGUAAAGGAUCUUCUUCUGUCCUCUCGUUUAUUCAUUCGUUGAUGAAUAAUUAUGAGGUCACUAGUUCAACUCCAUUUGUGUUUGAUUUAACGAUACAAAUUUGUUCAAAGUUGAGGAUGAUUGAUGAGGCUAUAGAUGUAUGUUUUUGUUUGGGAGAACAUGGAUUUAGAUUGAGUGUUAUCAGUUACAAUACCUUAUUGCACGUAAUUCAGAAAUCAGAUAAGACUAAGUUGGUUUGGAGAGUUUAUGAGCAGAUGAUCAAACAUAGAACAUACCCAAAUGAAAAGACUACCGGGAUCAUGAUUAACGCAUUGUGUAAAGAAGGAAAGCUGCAAACUUUUGUUGAUAUGAUAGAUAGGAUUGAUGGAAAGAGAUGCUUGCCUAGAGUGAUCGUUAACACUUGUUUGGUUUUCACGAUGAUAGAGGAAGGAAAAAUCGAAGAUGGGUUAGUUUUGUUAAAGAGGAUGUUGAUAAAGAACAUGAUUACGGAUACCAUUUCAUAUUCUUUGAUCGUGUAUGCCAAGAUAAAGCUAGGACAAUUAGAGUCUGCACGGGAGGUGUUCGAUGAAAUGCUCAAGAGAGGUUUCAAGGCAAAUUCCUUUGUGCACACAUCUUUUAUAGGAGCAUAUUGUGAGGCUGGAAAGGUUGAAAGUGGAGAUGAACUGUUUAAAGAAAUGGAAUGUAUCGGUUUGAAGCCAUACAAUGACACAUAUACUCAUAUGAUUGUUGGUUUUUCAAAAGUUGGAAGAUUUGAAGAAAGCUUGAAUCUUUGUCAAAAAAUGGUGCAAAAUGGAUUCAUUCCAAGUUGUUUAACCUUCAAUGAAGUGGUUAAAAUGGUAAAUGGACAUGAGAGUGUGCAUAAAGUAGAUGAAAUGUUGACUCUUUUGUUGGAUAAAGGGUUCUUGCCAGAUGUAAAUACAUAUACCUAUCUUGUUGCAGGUUAUGGACGUGAUGGAGAUAUUGAGGGGGUUUUGAAGGUUUAUUAUGAAAUGGAAUACAGGAAACUAUCUCCUGGGGUUUUGGUGUUUACUUGGUUGAUUGUUAGUCUUUAUGAAUGUGGAAGAUCGGAGGAAUCAGAGAGAUAUUUUAGAACAAUGAAAGCUCGAUCUUUAGUCCCCAUAGAUUACACAUAUCAUAAGUUGAUUUCCAAUCUUGAAAUAGAAAAUGAUAUAAAUUAGAUCAUAGUCGCUUGAAUUUUUGUGAAAAAUGACACUUUAACCAACUCAAAUGUGUUGUGAAAGGGUAAACAAUACUAUUGGUUGUCAUUUUAUAAUUUAUAUCAUUAACCCUCUAUACAAUAGUUUUGUUAUCGAUUGACAAUCAUAAAACCAAAAAAGAUGACAACUAUUUAAAUCCAUAUAUUAAACACCAUGUCAUAUAAUGCAAAUGAAAGCUACAAUAAGCAACAUAGAUGAUACGACAAAAUGAAGUGGAUUCAACUCUUUAACCCAUGACUUUUGGCCUCCAUCCUUCAAUUACAUCUUCUGUGAGUGGCAUAGUUUUUGUGAAUGACUCCAAUGAGAACACAGUCUGUAUGCAUACAACAACAUUCAAUUUCAUCAAUUAACUAUAAAGUUGAUAAAUUUAUGCAAAUAUUAACAAGAAUUGAUGUAGAAAGUAAAGUAGAAUACCUUCAUGUAUGUUUUGAGAUGAGGAAGUGAAUCUGGAACUGACCACUGCUUAUAAUGACCUAAAGCAAUCUCCAAAUGGUAAAGCUUUGGUCCAAGUGACAAGUCAGCACCAGAUAUAUCCUUCCCAUUAAUAAAUGGGCCCUAUUCAAGAAAGUCAAAUUAAAGUCAACUAACAAAUAAUAGUGUCUCUAUUCGAUAUAAGAUACGAGAGAAACUCACAUUUUCUUUUAUGUAAUCAUUGAAAGCAGAUAACUCAUUAAGUAAAGCUUCUUCUUUUCCAUCGUUAGGGUCUUUGCUUUUCAAGAACCCAAUAUAUGUUGAAAAAAUCUUUGACCCACUGCACAUAUCAAUCACCAAUCACCAAUGAGCAAUGAAAGUCAAGAAUUGGACAAAAGGGGGAUAAAGAACAUAAACAUACAUGGAAGCUUUCUCGGGUGGAGUCAACAAUGGUGGUUCAGGGAACUUCUCCUCUACUGUCUGUGUAAUAACAUCUGAAUCCGCUAUCCAUUUGUCAUCAAGCUUCACGAUAGGAACUUUACCUUCUGGGCUUAUACUUAGAAACCUACAUAAAACUCGAGUGUCAAGACUACAGAAACUAAAGUAUCGGAAAGGAAAUACUGUAGCGUAUGAUUACCAUUCUGGUUUGUUAGCAAGAUCAAUUAACUUGAGAUUGUAAGGAAGAUGCUUCUCCUCCAAAGUCAAUAAAACUCUCUGAGUAAAAGGGCCUGAAAACAAGGAGAAAUCGCUCACAAUAACUAUACAUCCAAAUUUUAUACCACUCGUGAAAUGUCGCAUUAAUUCAUCUAAUGUCAAUCAAAUAAAAGCAAUUGAUGAAUUGAGCAAGUUAUUCUACAAACCGGAGAAGAAGGAAUAGGAACUUACAGUCGCCGAGCCUAUUAGGGACAGUGAUAGACGAUUUGGCGCAGACCUCGAGAGGGUUGGAAGACAUGGCGAUGGGGGUUAGGUUUCUUCUGAAGCCAGAACGCUUGAAAUUGCGAGAAUUGGUGGAGAAGAGGUUGAGGUUAUUUGGGUUGCAGGUGAGGUGUUUGAUAGAUAUCGUCAACGCCGUGGUAGGCGGAUGGAUUCUAAUAGCAGACAUUUUUG